CAUCCAAAGAACACCAUACCUACUGUGAAGCAUGGUGGUGGAAACAUCAUGCUUUGGGGCUGUUUUUCUGCAAAGGGACCAGAACGACUAAUCCGUUUUAAAGGAAAGAAUGAAUGGGGCCGUGUGUUGUGAGAUUUUGAGUGAAAACCUCCUUCCAUCAGCAAGGGCAUUGAAGAUGAAACGUGGCCGGGUCUUUCAGCAUGACAAUGAUCCCAAACACAAUGCCCGGGCAACGAAGGAGUGGUUUCGUAAGAAGCAUUUCAAGGUCCUGGAGUGCCCUAGCCAGUCUCCAGAUCUCAACCCCAUAGAAAAUCUUUGUAGGGAGUUGAAAGUCUGUGUUGCCCAGCAACAGCCCCAAAACAUCACUGCUCUAGAGGAGAUCUGCAUGGAGGAAUGGGCCAAAAUACCAGAAAGUGUGUGAACCUUGUGGAGACUUACAGAAAACGUUUGACCUCUGUCAUUGCCAACAAUGGGUAUAUAACAAAGUAUUGAGAAACUUUUGUUAUUGACCAAAUACUUUCCACCAUAAUUUGCAAAUAAAUUCAUUAAAAAUCCUACAAUGUGAUUUUUUGGAUUUCUUUUUCUCAUUUUGUCUGUCAUAGUUGAAGUGUACCUAUGCUGAAAAUUACAGGCCUCAUCUUUUUACGUGGGUGAACUUGCACAAUUGUUGGCUGACUAAAUACUUUUUUGCCCUACUACCUAUUACCAGCUACCAUCACUACUGUGUUCCAAUAGUAUGUUGUGAACUAAUCCAAGUUUAUUGUUUUUAGAAGGCUCAUUGACCAUUAUUAAACCCUUUUGCAAUUAUGUUAGCACAGCUAAAAACUGUUGUUCUGAUUUUAAAGAAGCAGUAAAACUGGCCGCCUUUAGACUAGGUGAGCAUCAGCAUUUGUGGGUUUGAUUACAGGCUCAAAAUGUCCAGGAACAAAGAACUUACUUCUGAAACUGGUCAGUCUAUUCUUGUUCUGAGAAAUGAAGGAUGUUCCAUGUGAGAAAUUACCAAGAAACUGAAGGCCUCGUACUACCCCCUUCACAGAACAGUGCAAACCGUCUCUAACCAGAAUAGAAAGGAGUGGGAGGCCCCGGUGCACAACUGAGCAAGAGGACAAGUAUAUUAGUGUCUAGUUUGAGAAACAGAUGUCUCACAAGUCCUCAACUGGCAGCUUCAUUAAAAAGGGUUUUUCUAUUCAAUUCGCCUUUUUUUAAAUGAUAAAUUUGGAUUAGCUAACACAAUGCACCAUUGGAACACAGUGAUGGUUGCUGAUUAUGGGCUUCUGUACAUCUAAGUAGAUAUUCCAUAAAAAUCUGUCUUUUCCAGCUACAAUAGUAAUUAACUAUGUCUACACUGUAUUUCUGAUAAAUGUUGUUAUUUUAAUGGGCUAAAAAUGUGACUCUCUCUUCAGACAUUUGUAAAUGACCCCAAACUUUUGAACGGUUUUGUAGUGCGUUUUGGAACUAUUCAGACCCCUUUUAUCCAUAUUUUGUUACGUUAGUGUUAUUCUAAAAUGGAUGUAAUUUGUGUGUGUAUAAUAUAUAUAAUUUGCGAUAGUCAUAUUGUCGUUCUGAGUAUGUCGCUUCUUUCAGCUCCCUCUGUUUCGACGUGGACCAGUCCCAUGGAUCAUCUUAACGUCUUUCACUCAUCCCUUUCUACCCUGGUCUGGGGCUGGUUGGGGCACAAUUACACUGUUUUGAGGGAGGGGGAUGGGAGUAAAUGAACCUAGUUUCAGGCAGAUUUCUUAACUGUUACUUAAAAUAUUUCAAAUGUACAUUUUGUAUUUUCAGACCAUUGCCCUCUUGAACAUUUACCGUAACCCUCAAAACACUGCCCAGUCUGCCGAUGGUUUGCGCUGUGCCGUCAGUGAUGUGGAGAUGCAGGAGCAUUACGAUGAGUUCUUUGAGGAGGUCUUCACAGAGAUGGAGGAGAAGUACGGAGAGGUGGAGGAGAUGAAUGUGUGCGACAACCUGGGAGACCAUCUGGUUGGAAACGUAUACCUGAAGUUCCGUCGUGAGGAAGUCGCGGAGAAGGCUGUGAUGGAUCUGAAUAACCGCUGGUUCAACGGUCAACCAAUCCACGCCGAGCUCUCUCCCGUUACCGACUUCAGAGAAGCCUGCUGCCGACAGUACGAGAUGGGGGAGUGCACUCGAGGAGGCUUCUGUAACUUCAUGCACCUGAAACCCAUCUCCAGGGAGCUGAGGAGGGAGCUGUACGGUCGCCGCAGGAAGAAGGGGGGGGGCCAUCGUUCUCGCUCCCGUUCCAGGGAACGCCGUUCUCGCUCGAGGGAUAGAGGCAGGGGAGGCGGACGUGACCGCAAGAGAAGGCGUUCCAGAGAACGCUCUGGCAGGUUCUAAACCAAGCCGCCACCUCACGUCCAUCCCUCCCCAUUAUCAUUCUCCAUCAUACUCAAAUCCAUAUCUUUCCCUCCAUUGCUGCCUUUUCAAUUCCCUGUUGGCCCUUUCAUAUUGUCCCAAUGACUAAAAUGAAUUGGAAAAUGUUGGACUUGUUAUUUUCCUUUUUUAUAAUUUUUAUUCAAGAAAUGUAAAGCUUGCCUUCUCAAUAAAAAAAAAGUAAAGUAAACAUGA